UGUGGCUCACUGCAUCGCACAGCGCCGGGACACUCUGUACGCUCCGCCCCGCAAAUAAAGAGACAUGGAAGAGAAAGGAGUGGAGAGUGUGGUGCAGCAGGACAAGACAGGAAAAGGCAAGCAGGCAGAGAACAAAGACCACUGUGUGACAUGUCAUCACCACACACCCAAGAGACAUGGCACAAUGGCUGUCCCUCCUGCAUACUCAGACUUGGGGAAAUCUGCCAAAGACAUCUUCAGCAAGGGCUAUGGCUACGGAGUUCUGAAGCUGGACGUUAAGACCAAGUCCCAGAGUGGUGUUAUGGAAUUUGCCACCUCCGGCUCCAACAACACUGACACAGGGAAGUCAGGAGGCCACCUGGAGACCAAGUACAAAGUGAAAGAGCUGGGCCUCAGCUUCAACCAGAAAUGGAACACAGACAAUACUCUGACCACAGAAAUCACCAUGGAGGACCAGCUGGCAAAGGGCCUGAAGCUCAGCCUGGACACAUCGUUCGUGCCCAACACUGGCAAGAAGAGUGCCAAGCUGAAGACAGGCUACAAGCGUGACUUUGUCAAUGUGGGCUGCGACCUGGACUUCGACAUGGCUGGUCCCACAGUCCACGCAGCUGCUGUGCUGGGCUACGAGGGCUGGCUGGCCGGCUACCAGCUGGCCUUUGACACUGCCAAAUCUAAGCUCACCCAGAACAACUUCGCCCUUGGAUACAAGGCCGGUGACUUCCAGCUUCACACCAGCGUUAAUGACGGCACAGAGUUCGGUGGCUCCAUUUACCAAAAGGUGAACUGCAACUUGGAGACAGCGGUUCACCUGGCCUGGACAGCUGGCAGCAACAACACACGCUUUGGAAUUGGAGCCAAAUACCAGUUGGAUAAGGAUGCCUCUCUGGCUACGAAAGUCGACAACGCCUGCCUCGUUGGAGUUGGGUACACACAAACCCUCAGGCCAGGAGUGAAGCUCACCCUCUCAGGUCUGAUUGACGGGAAGAACGUGAACGGUGGUGGACACAAAGUGGGAAUGGGUUUUGAGCUGGAGGCGUAAAGAUUCGAUGGGAGGACUGAGAAGAAGAGAGGAAGGCGAUACAGGAGAAGAAUAAAGAGCCCAAAUGUGGAAACACCACAAAGGUCCACUCAGCGACACGUAAACACAUCUUCCCUCUGAGUCCUACACACACAUAUGCACAGUCUUUGGCCUUAACCCUGAAACCCCAAGCAGCCUCAAGGACCUCCAGUACUGUAAUUUUAAAGGAAUCAAGCAUUAUUUUGUGUUGGUUAAUUUAAAUUUUACAUUAUUUACAGGUCCCACAACCAAUUUUUGAGCAUAUAUUAUGAGAAUACAACGAAAGAACAGACCUGUCAAGCACGAAAUUCAUGCUGCACUCCUGUUCUCCAAAUAAUGUGCUACGUAUGAAAAGUUUGACCAGACAAAAAGUGCACUUUGAAUUAAGUAUUUGUGUCAUAUCUGUAUUCUGUGAGGCACCUUCCUAUUUUGACUGUGUGGUCAGCUCAUUUUUGUUCAGAUGUACUCUGGGUUUUAGACACUCAUAAGAUCAUUAGAGAGUGCUUGUUUUGGUAUAUUGUGGUUUUGUUGCAUGCUUUAGAGGCUAGAGGACUGAAAACAGAUGCAAUAAUAGCUGGAGAGAAAGAGUGGCUGAUCCUUCUCAGACCGAGUGGACUCACGUUGAUUCCACCAUUUGACCUCAAUAACACAGUUAUAAACUGUGGACCUUCAGUUGCCUAAAUGUCUACAUUUCAGGUCCUGUUUGGUAAAAAAAGGCCAAUGGCAAUUUGGACCUCUGUGUCACCUCUUUGUCUCAUUUUGUGUCCUGUACCUGUUCAACCUUUACCACACUUCAGUUUACCCGUGCUGUGCUUUGUAUAGGAGAGUUAGUCAACAGUUAGGACCUCAAAUUGAUUUUAUUGAACUGAUGGAAUAAAGUAUGUUAAACACCA